CCGGCGGAGGGCGGGCCGGAUGGCGGUGCCGCUCCGCCCGGGCCGCGCUGUGCGUCUGCUGGCGGCUGCCGCUACGGCCCGAGCCACAGCCCCGCGGCCGCUUCCGCGCAUCCCUUCGUCCUACUCAUCCUCUUCUUCUUCCCGUCUCUCUCGGCCGCCGCCCGCCAUGCAGGCCUUCCAGUACCCGGAGGUGUACCGCGACGAGACGGCCGUGUUGGAUUAUCAUGGCUGUAAAAUAAGUGACCCAUACUGCUGGCUUGAAGAUCCCGACAGCGAACAGACAAAGGCAUUUGUGGAGGCUCAGAACAAGCUUACAGUACCCUUUCUUGAGCAGUGUCCUGUCAGAGGAUUGUUCAAAGAACGAAUGACUGAACUCUACGAUUAUCCUAAGUACAGUUGCCACUUCAAAAAAGGAAAAAGGUAUUUCCACUUCUACAAUACAGGACUGCAGAACCAGCGAGUUUUAUAUGUACAAGAUUCCUUGGAUGCCGAUGCCAAAGUUUUUCUUGAUCCAAAUAAGCUUUCUGAUGAUGGCACUGUGGCUUUACGAGGUUAUGCAUUCAGUGAAGAUGGUGAAUACUUUGCAUAUGGCCUGAGUUCUAGUGGCUCUGAUUGGGUUACUAUCAAGUUUAUGAAAGUAGAAGGUCCUGAGGACCUUCCUGACACACUGGAGAGAGUUAAAUUUAGUUGCAUGGCAUGGACUCAUGAUGGAAAAGGCAUGUUCUAUAACUGCUACCCAAAACAAGAUGGGAAAAGCGAUGGCACUGAGACCUCCACUAAUCUGCACCAAAAGCUGCAUUAUCACGUAUUAGGAACUAACCAGUCAGAAGAUAUCCUGUGUGCUGAAUUUCCCGAUGAGCCAAAAUGGAUGGGUGGAGCUGAGGUAUCAGAUGAUGGUCGAUAUGUCUUGCUGUCUAUCCGAGAAGGCUGUGAUCCAGUGAACAGGCUGUGGUACUGUGAUCUACAGAAAGAGUCUCAGGGUAUAUCGGGAAUUCUUCAGUGGGUGAAGCUGAUAGAUAACUUUGAGGCUGAGUAUGAGUAUGUCACCAACGAAGGAACAGUGUUCACUUUCAAGACAAACCGCCAUUCUCCAAAUUACCGGUUAAUCAACAUUGACUUCAGUGAUCCAGGGGAAUCCAAAUGGAAAGUUCUUGUCCCUGAACAUGAAAGAGAUGUUCUAGAAUGGGUUGCUUGUGUGAGGUCCAACUUCCUGGUUUUGUGCUAUCUGCAUGACGUGAAGAAUAUCCUGCAACUUCAUGACCUAGCUACUGGUGCACAUCUCAAGACUUUCCCCCUAGAAGUUGGCAGUAUUGUGGGAUAUAGUGGCCAAAAGAAGGACACCGAAAUAUUCUAUCAGUUUACUUCCUUUUUAUCUCCAGGUAUUAUAUAUCACUGUGAUCUGACCAAAGAGGAACUGGAGCCAAGAGUUUUUCGGGAAGUGACUGUGAAAGGAUUUGAUCCUUCAGUUUACCAGACAAUUCAGGUUUUCUACCCUAGCAAAGAUGGCACUAAGAUCCCAAUGUUUAUUAUUCACAAGAAAGGAAUUAAAUUGGAUGGUUCUCAUCCUGCCUUCCUGUAUGGUUAUGGAGGCUUCAACAUAUCAAUUACACCAAGCUACAGUGUGUCAAGACUUAUUUUUGUUCAACACCUUGGGGGUGUUCUAGCGGUGGCGAACAUCAGGGGCGGUGGUGAAUAUGGAGAGACCUGGCACAAAGGUGGUAUCUUGGCCAACAAACAAAAUUGCUUUGAUGACUUUCAAUGUGCUGCCGAAUACCUCAUCAAGGAAGGCUACACAUCCCCAAAGAAGUUGACUAUUAAUGGAGGCUCAAAUGGGGGCCUCUUAGUUGCUGCCUGUGCUAAUCAGCGCCCUGACCUAUUUGGUUGUGCUAUUGCCCAAGUGGGAGUCAUGGACAUGCUCAAGUUCCACAAGUACACCAUCGGCCAUGCUUGGACCACUGACUACGGUUGCUCCGACUGUAAAGAGCAGUUUGAAUGGCUUUGCAAGUACUCUCCGCUUCACAAUAUCAAACUACCAGAAGAAGAUGGCAUACAGUAUCCCUCAACGUUGCUUCUCACAGCAGACCAUGAUGAUCGUGUGGUCCCUCUUCACUCACUGAAGUUCAUUGCUACUCUGCAGUAUGUUGUGGGCCGAAGCCGUAAACAAACCAAUCCACUUCUCAUCCAUGUUGACACCAAGGCUGGGCAUGGAGCAGGAAAGCCAACUGCUAAAGUUAUAGAAGAAGUGUCAGAUAUGUUUGCUUUUAUAGCACGAUGCCUAAAUCUUGAUUGGAUUGAAUAGGCAAAAUGCUCAUUACUGUCUCCUAUAGAAAACAAGGGCUUUAACACCAUUUAAGACCAACCAGACUACUACUUGGUGUAGUACUUACAUUUAAGAACUGCUGUUUAAUAUUUUAUUGAUCCAAUCGGCUAUGGAGUUUUGAUCUUUUGUGCUUCCCUCUUUUUGGCAUUUCUUUGAAUUUCUUUUCUACUGCAUCCCAAAGUACAUUUUGAAAAGCAUGUUCAAAUAAAUAGCUGAGCUGCUGUCGGUGCUGUUGUGAACAUUUAGAUUCCAGAGUUAGUGCUAGUUGAGCUUAUUUCCUGAAAACAAUUUUAAUGUAUUUUGCACCUAUAAAUAUAUCCAGAUCAUCUGUAAUUAAAUGUAAGUACUGUCCAAAUACAGGAACUCUGAGCAUACUUUAUUUACACAGUAACUUAUUUAAGAAUGUAAAUUGAAGGUGUUCAGUGAUAACCAUGAAAUACCGACGAGACAGUAAUCUGGGUAAUUAAGUCAAAUAUUAUUAAAAAGCUUUUAUUACAUGCUGUUCAUAAGUGUGUUACAGUCUAUAAUAAUACUGUUUCUAAAUUGUUCUUUCUUUCCAAAGAGACUUUAAAAUGUCACCAGUUUUCUCUUCUGUCAUUUAUUUCCACAGAGAAGAGAAAAUUGAAGGCUGGAAAAUUUCAGGAAUUCUGAGAUUCUCACUGUAAUCUCAGGCAAGCUAUACAGAUACUAUUCAACACCCCAUCUGCUGUUAGCUCUUUAUCUAUUCCUGAAGAGUAAACCAGACAACUAGUUAAAAAAAAAAAUAAAUUAAAAAACCACACAAACACCCCCAAAAAAAACCAACCAAAAAAAACCACCAAAACAUCAAAAGCACAGCUUUUGUUUUCCAGAUUGUUCAAGUUCAGGUUUUCCUGAUGCCUUUGACAGAAUGUUCUCUAACAAGACAAAAUCUGAGCAUUCAUAUAUAACCUAGUUCUGGCUGCAGAAUAACAAGAGCUCGUAGUCAGACUCUCUAAUGAUUUGACACAGGCACAGUAUUUGAACUGCCAUUUCAUAUCUUUCCUAUCUAGGCUGUAGAGCUGGAAAGUCGAUGUAUUUGCCUACUGCAUCAAUCAGUCUAAACUGAUGCACUGCAGCAACUAGGGUUUGAUGUUACAGAGAAAAAAAUCCUACCAAUUAUUAUUAGUCUUGUCCCUCCAGAGAACACUGCUCUUUCUCAGUUUUGGUUAAACUGAUACAUUCUUCUAGAAUCAUGCUGCUCAUUAUAUUCACACUUAGACCCUAAGGCCUGUGUUUUAACCCUAAGCAUUGUCUCAGCACAGGAAGAGGAGGGAGUGGUAUUUAAGAGGAGUAGGCUGCUGUAAACAGCAGCAACAUUAAAAAUAGAUUUGCACUAGAUUCACUCUCUGUUUCUGUCAUGCUCUGGGGCUUCUGCUGAUUCCCUCUGCAACUGAGGAAGGAUCAUCCCUUCUAGGCCCUUAUAAUUUGAUUUUAGGAAGGAAAAAAAAAAAAAUGUAUUUCUGAUUCCUUAUGAAAUACUACACCUAAAACCUGUAUGUCAUCUGGGGUUUAUUUGUGAUCCAUGAGCAUUAUGGUUUUACCAGAUACUUUACAGCCUGGUGCAUUCUGACCACAACAUUGAUUUAAACAAUCAGAAUAGGGAGUUGAAAGAGGUAUGGGGUUUUUUUCCCUCCAGGCUGCAAAAACAGGGCUCAGGUUCAGCACCCGCCUAUUCCCAGAGGUAUGUGAACUGUUUUCUAUGAUCUUCUGGGAAUUUUCAACAGCUUCCCUGAAUGGCAGAAACAAAGCAUAUAAAGCAGUAGCGUCCCCUCUUGUAACACCUCACAGUUGCAGCAGCUGGCCUUUUAUUGAAUGUCACAGUUACCAAGAGGACAAAGCUGCACCUCUGAGACAAGAGCUUUGCGGGACAGGGUGUGUGGGAAACAUGGUCCUCAUGCAUUCGUGGAAUAGAGCUGAACUGUGUCAGUGCAUCGAGUUGCAAAGGCUUGGGCACAGCCACCUCAGUCAUGGCUUCAGGUCUUUGUUUCUAAAAAUGUUUUUCCUUGUUCUCCACAAAAAUUUUGGCACAGAUUAAAAAUCAUUCAUUUUCUUCCUGAAGCUUUCUGCUUUCUGCUCUCAUAUGGGGAGUUGGGAAACAGAAAUUUCUCUCUGAGUGGCAAUCAAUAGUAUUGAAGGUGGGUUGCUGGAGACACCACUCAUAAAGUAAGGGUUCAAAAGUAUCCCUUGUAGAAUGCUGUUAUCUAUUGGGAAGGCAUUGUGUUUCUGUAACAGGGUCUUAAUGCUGACAUUUUCGUUCAUCUUAAGGUAUGCCAAGUCCAGGAUUCAAGUGCCAAAAAAGUGAUGUUGCAGAGCUGUCUUAUUAGCCAAGUUGCUCGUUUGGUUGCAGAAAGGGUAAUGCUCCAACUGGAAUCUGUAAUUAACUCUGAGCAAGUAAUGCUCUUGUAAUAAAGUGGGAUUUAAACCUUCAGAGUUUGGAUUAAAUAGACCUGGAGCCAAACCAUUCCUGCUGUAUAAACCUAAUGAAAUCUUUGUUAGUCUGGUUUCAAGGUUACCUUCUUUUCUCUACAGUGGAAAUGCUAUUUUAUGAAGAGGGUGUGUAUUUUGUGCCUUUUGUUUCCAGUACGUAUAUCAAAAUUCACUAGCUGGGCUAGGUAACCUCUUCACAACUACCUGCUUUUUCAAAAUCAUGUUUCUUAGGAAAAUAGAUACCAGUGUUCUGUGCCAAAAUCAAACCCAGAAAAAUCUUUAAGUCCUGUAAGAGGCUUAUGCUACCUGAACUAAAAUCUGGUUUUAAGUGGAAAUAAAUUGACUUUUUUGCAUA